UCGUGUCCUGGUUUUAACAAGCUUGCGGCUGUCAGAAUAUCAGAAAAUUGAUUAUUUUCUCCACUUUCUUUUCCCACCGGGGUUUGGCAACAUCGGAUGCGCUCCGGGCUGACGUUUUUUUUUCCCCCCAACUCCAACUUUGUGCACCGGCUUGGAGGGCUGCUGUCGCCGCUAACCGGUUGCUCUCCCUGGAGGUUGAAGCCUGGUUUACCCUGGAGCUGAAGACUUUCUGAUACAAUGUACAACCCCGUGUCUUAAUCUGGAGGUCGACGAGAGAGAAAUCUGUCAAGUUUGGCAACUCGGGACGCGCCGAUCUGAUCGCUGCUGGUGGAGACUUGCAGGAAAAAGUGCUGCGGCUUCACGCGUCUUUUUCUUUUUUCGUUUUGUUUUUAACUUUUUGUCAGCGAGAAAAAAAAAGAAGAGAAAGAGGACAUUCUGUAUUCCUUCCUGAACUUUAUUAUUGAGUCGAACAUCCAUGAUGAGCAAACCCGCCGGCUCAACAAGUGGCUGUCUGGAUAUUCUGAACGUCAAAUCAAGUCGGAUUCUGGACAUCCCAUGCAAAGUGUGCGGCGACCGCAGCUCGGGGAAACACUACGGUGUUUACGCCUGUGACGGCUGCUCGGGAUUCUUCAAGAGGAGCAUCCGCAGAAACAGGACGUACGUCUGCAAAUCUGGCUCUCAGGGCGGCUGUCCCGUCGACAAAACUCACAGAAACCAGUGCCGAGCGUGCCGUUUGAAAAAGUGUCUGGAAGUGAACAUGAAUAAAGACGCCGUUCAACACGAGAGGGGGCCCCGGACGUCCACCAUCCGCAAACAGGUCGCCCUGUAUUUCCGGGGCCACAAAGAGGUGAACGGAUCCUCCACCCAUUUCCCGGGAUCCUGUCUGCCCGGCCCCCCCUUCUUCACCACGGUCACGAAGCUGGAGCCACACAACCUGGAGAUGAGCGCAGUGGCCACCACGUCCGAGAGGCAAGCCAUCGUGGGUCUGGCGCAGCCCACACCUAAGUAUGCCCAUGAGGUCAGCGGCACCCCCAUGUACCUGUACGAGGUGGCGACGGAGUCUGUGUGCGAGUCGGCGGCGCGCCUCCUCUUCAUGAGCAUCAAGUGGGCGAAGAGUGUCCCGGCAUUCUCCACCCUGCCCCUAUCUGAUCAGCUGAUUCUGUUGGAAGACUCCUGGAGGGAAUUAUUCGUUCUAGGCAUCGCGCAGUGGGCCAUUCCUGUGGACUCCACUACUCUUCUUGCUGUUUCUGGAAUGAACACUGAAAACACAGAGUCUCAGCGGAUGAAUAAGAUCAUGUCUGAGAUACAAGCACUUCAGGAGGUGGUCAUCAGGUUCAGACAGAUGCGCCUGGAUGCGACAGAGUUCGCCUGUUUGAAAUGCAUCGUGACAUUCAAAGCAGUUCCCACGCAUGGCAACACUGAGUUAAGAAGUUUCCGCAACGGCAGCGCCAUCGCCGCGCUACAAGACGAGGCGCAGCUCACUCUCAACAGCUACAUACACAACAGGUACCCGACUCAGCCCUGUCGCUUCGGGAAGCUGCUCCUGCUCCUGCCGGCGCUCCGCUCGGUCGGUCCGUCCACCAUAGAGGAGGUGUUCUUCAAGAAGACCAUCGGCAAUGUCCCCAUCACCAGGCUCCUCUCCGACAUGUACAAGUCCAGCGAUAUAUGAAUUCUUCGCCAUCUGUCCGGGCACGUGGAAAAAAAAGAAAAAAAAGACUUGAGCUGAAAGGCCCAGAGAGACCCACCCAGCAGUCGACGGAAUGUCAAAUCAUAGCAGGUGUAAAACGUUGGGGUGAAUUUACUGAGCACAAAAUCUCUUAGGCUGUCUUUUAAAUAGCCUAUUCAGGCCUAUAGGCUCCAUUGAAACAAAGACUGCAACACAGCCUCGCCAAGUAGCCCGUUAACAGUUGCUCUAGUUGAGGAUUUAGCUUGUAACUUUCAUUCUAGAUUUAUCUGUGUGAUACAGAAAAAAAACUGCAAUCUCUGGUGUGGCCACAGACAGCCUACAGUGUUUAAAUAUCGCCUAAAGACUCUGUAGAGCACCUGCCAAGUAUGUCUGACAAAGAAAUGUUAUAUAUAAAGAAGUUUUUUCGAGUGUCUGCGAGACCAAUGAGCUUGACGACCAAUUCAAUCUUUUAUUGCUGUGUUCAAUCCCAGUGAGGAAACCAAAAAAAAAAAAAAAAAAAAAAAAAAAGAGAUGACGCAUGCGUAGAACCAGGGAAUCCG